AUGGAGUCGCAUGCACGUGGGGGCCCCGCAGCAGCAGCUGAGGGGUCUCAAGGCAGCAGCAGAGAUAUAAACCCUCAUCUUAAUGAGGAAUUAUCUGAUCUAACAGGCAGUGACCUUGAUGAAGAUGUGACAUGGAUUCAAUGGUUUUGUGGAUUAAAAGGUCAUGAUAACUUUGUUCUUGUUGAUGAGGACUUUGUAAGGGAUGACUUUAAUCUUACAGGUAAUUAA